AUGGCCCAGGGAAAUGCAGAUUGUGUUUCCAGACUGCAGCAGAUUAAAGUCUCACUGCAGGAAGCACAGGGUUCAAAUACUGAACCCCCAGCACCAGGGUUUUCUGGGACAGAUGUCUCAUGGGCUGAAUGUGCAAUGCAUUUAUUAACCCAGCUUAUACUCGCACAUGAAGAUGAGACCUGGAGCGUUUUAUACUCUCUACAAGAUCUGGAACCUGCAGGCCUUAUAGCUGUUCUGCACAAAUAUGAGAGAGAACUACACAGACCCAGUUUCUACAACCUGUGUGAUGUUUUACAGUCACGUGCACCCGCCAAGUCCACCGGCAGGCCAAACGCAGAGAGACAGGGGGCUGAAUAUGUGCAAGAAGGAUCACUAGAACAAGAACUCUGCACUGGAUGUGGCAUGGCUUUAGACCCUGAAGACGCUCCAUAUUUAGAGAUCAUUUGUGUUAGAGACCCAAGAGAUGAGGCGAGAACGAUGGAGAGGAGUGAUGGAGAGAGAGCGAAAACAGAGAUAGACAUCGAGAGUAAAGAAAACAAGGAAGAGAUUUCCGUAGAGAAACAAAACUCUCUGAUCACUCUCGCCUGGAGCAAACCAAUGCACGGAGACGAUCAGAUUCAGGAAGUGACCUCCGUUGUACGGGAAGAAGCAAAAGCAACUACAAAACUUAAGGAGGAAAGACCAGAUAGCACACUUCAAGACCAUGCAAAUAUACCUAACACAACUCCACUACAUGAAGUGAACGUGAACACACCUCAGGAAAGCAUCAACUCUGCUGAAGAAACACAGACUCAAAUCACACACGACCAUCCAGCCUUCAAUGUUGAUGGACACCAAGAGGAAGGUUUGAAAGGACUCGAAUCUCCCAGUGACGACCGACAACCCAUCACAACACUACCCAUACAAUCCACUGACACAACAGACCCCAGCACACCACCUGUAAGCACACAGUACCCAGAUCACCAACAAACACACGGGUGUGAUGCCGCUGAGAUGGAGUCAUCCCAAGAGGAGCAGAAGUGGGAGGAGGAGACGAGUGAGAGAGGAGGUGAGGAGCAGCAACUACAGCGGGAGGCCACAAUGCAGUGCCUAGUAAACAUCCAGAGGAGAGCAGAGAGACGCUGGCAGCGAGAUAGAGACAGACAACUACUGAGAGUUCAAGAGCGAUUGGCAAUCGUGCAGAGUCGGAAGGCCGAUGAGGAUUUGUUAGGUUUGACUCAGGAAGAUUCGCUCAGGCAUCUUACUGACACACUACGACAGGAGGACGAGCAACAACAGAAAACUUUAGUCAAAGAGAAACUCGAGCAGAUGAGGAGAGAGCGCUCGUGUAUUCUCCAGACCAGACGAGAAAGAAACACCGCUGGCUUUAAAGAGCUCAUUGCACCAACCGCUCAACGCAUGGCAGAGACUGAAGAAAUGCAUUAACAUUCAAAUCUCAUAAUUCAACCAAUGACAAAUCACACAGAUAUAUACACAUCAUCACAGAGCACACACCCCAAACAUUCAUCAACUUUAUUAAUGC